AUGGCUUAUAACACGUUAAAUAAGCUUGUGGUUAAGAAUAAAAUGCCCGCUCCGGUCCAAGUGACUGCAGAACAGAUUCUUCGUGAUGCCGCAGAAUGGCAGGCUAGGGAAGCCAAACCAACUCCGCAUCGUCUCGUGGAUGAUCAGGAAAUGCAACAGCAUCGUGUCAAGAAGAGGAAAGAUUUUGAGGAUAUGCUAAGGAGACAAAGACAUCACAUUGGUACUUGGAUUAAAUAUGCUAUUUGGGAAGCAGCGCAGAGGGAUUUUAGGAGAGCGAGAUCUAUUUUUGAAAGGGCUUUAAAUGUAGAUUAUAAGAACACCACCAUAUGGCAACGGUAUAUCGAAAUGGAGGUUAAGAAUAAGUUUCUUAACUCCGCAAGAAAUUUGUACGAUAGAGUUACCGGACUUUUACCUAGAGUAGAUCAUUUUUGGUUCAAAUACGCCCAUAUGGAAGAGUUGCUAGGUAAUUAUGCUGCUGCCAGGAAGAUUUUUGAUAGAUGGAUGGAAUGGAAUCCUGAUGAUAAAGCUUGGAUGAUGUACAUUCAUUUUGAAGAACGAUGUGGUGAAUUAAAAGCAUGUAGAGCCAUUUUUGAAAGAUACCUUGAAAACAAACCAUCUACCGAAUCAUUUUUGAGGUUUUGUAAAUUUGAAGAGCGUUACAAAAACUACGACAGAUGUAGAGCUGGUUUUAGUAAGGCUAUUGAACUCUUACCACCGGAAAUAGUGGGUGAAAAUUUUUAUAUUAAAUAUGCUCAAUUUGAACAAAGAAGGCGCAAUUUUACUGAGGCUAAGAAUAUAUACGAAGCGGGAUUGACUAAAAUACCUAAGGAAGAAUCUCAAGAGUUAUAUAACAAUUAUGUUCUAUUUCAAAAACACCAUGGCAUUGAUAGUGUAGUUGAGGCAGCAAUUUUGGAUAAAAGGAGAAACAUUUACAGAGAGCAAUUGGAAAAUGAUCCUAGGAAUUAUGAUGUAUGGUUUGAUUAUAUUCGUCUGGAAGAAUCUUUAUCCGACAAUGUGGAUAGGACUAGAUCAGUUUACCAAGCUGCAAUUGUAAACAUUCCUGUCGUUAAUGAGAAGAAAGCAUGGAGGAGAUUUAUUUAUUUAUGGAUAUACUAUGCCCUCUUUGAAGAAAUGAUUGCUAAAGAUGGUGAUAAGGCACGGGAAAUAUAUAAUAAAGCUUUAUCUGUUGUACCUAAGAAUUUGUUUACAUUCACAAAAAUAUAUUCUUUGUAUGCUGAAUAUGAAAUAAGGCAAUUGAAUUUGGAUUUGGCCAGAAAAGUCUUCGGCCGUGGAUUGGGUGAAUGUAAGAAGGGGAAGUUAUUCGAAGCGUAUGCGGCGUUAGAGUUAAGGCUCGGAAAUAUUGAUCGUUGUAGAAUUAUUUACGCUAAAUAUAUCGAAGCGCAUCCGUUUGACCCAAAGUCUUGGAUAGCAUUUAUUAAUUUUGAAUUAAUGACUCAAGAGAUAGAACGGGCUAGGGCUUUGUGUGAAAGUGCUGUUGAAAUGGAUCAGAUGGAUUCACCUGAACUUAUUUGGAAAACUUUCAUCGAUCUAGAAACUAAUCUUGGCGAGAUUUCUAGGGCUAGAAAUUUGUAUGAGCGGUUGCUGAUGAAAACUCAGCAUUACAAGGUGUUUAAAGGUUAUGCUGAAUUUGAGUACAAACAAGUUGGAGACGUUGUAAGUGCUAGAAAGGUUAUUGAACGCGGCCUUGAACAUUGUAAAAUUAAUGGUUUGAAUGAGGAGCGUGCACUUUUACUAGUUUACUUAUUGAAACUGGAGCGCUUGAAUAAGGAUGAGUUGGAAAUCGCAAAAACUUUGAAAAGGCAAGCUAAGAAGGUUCGACAUGUACAAGUUCAAGAUGGAUCUUCCGAUAACAUUCAAGAAUAUGUUAGAUAUAUUUUCCCCGACGAUGGAAUUCAAGAAAAGAAUCUUAAAAUUCUCCAAGCGGCAAAAGAAUGGAAAAAUCGGCAGAUUAAAACCUGA